GAAUUCAUAGAAUUACGGUCAGUGUACAAUUAACAGUGAUGGAGAACGGACGUGUUUGAAAAAAAACCACUUGUGAGUUUCUCCAACUAUGAACAAAUCACGGGAAUUCAAUGCGGCAGAGCACCAGCACGUGAGAUACAAUCCGUUGAAAGAUGAAUGGAUCCUGGUCUCGCCCCACCGGUGUCUGCGACCCUGGAGCGGGCAUUCCGAGCCACCACCGCAGGAGCAACCCCCAGACCCUAACAAUCCGUUAAAAGCUGGAGCCGUCCGGGCUAAUGGACAGCGCAAUCCAAACUACACAUCCACCUACGUGUUCCCCAACGACUUUCCAGCUUUACUGGAGCGUGGACCGGAGCCGCCGCAGUCUGACCAUCCUCUGUUCCAGGCCAGACAAGCUAGAGGCACUUGCAGGGUGAUGUGUUUCCACCCGAACUCUGCGGUGUCCAUUCCCUUGAUGUCAGUGGAAGAAAUACUGUCUGUGGUCGAAGAAUGGGUGAAUCAGACCAAAGAACUCGGUCGGCGGUAUACCUGGGUGCAGAUCUUCGAGAACAAAGGCAACGUGAUGGGGUGCUCCAACCCUCAUCCCCAUUGUCAGAUAUGGGCGUCCAGUUUUCUACCAAACGAAGGUAGAAUUAAGGACAGAUGUCAAAAGGAGUACUAUACUAAAUAUAAUAAGACAUUAUUGGUUGAAUAUCUGGAGAUGGAAAUGGAGAAGAAGGAGCGUAUUGUUAUACAAAACACAGAAUGGGUCGCAUUGGUACCAUAUUGGGCUACAUGGCCCUUUGAGACCAUGGUGCUACCCAUAAAUGGAGGACCACAACGACUAACAGAUCUCAACGAUCAACAGAAGAAGGGUUUGGCAGAGAUAAUAAAGCUAUUGACCACAAAAUAUGACAAUUUAUUUAGUUGCAGUUUCCCAUACAGUAUGGGAUUUCAUGGCGCACCAACAGGCCCAGACCACACUGCAGGCGAUUCUCCGCAUUGGUUGCUGCAUGCUAUAUAUUUACCUCCACUGCUGCGGUCGGCCACCGUCAAGAAAUUUAUGGUCGGUUAUGAGAUGCUGGCGCAAAGUCAACGUGAUCUCACACCGGAGCAAGCAGCUGAGAAAUUAAGAAAUUGUAACCAUUUGGUUCAUUAUAAAAAUAAACAAUGAUAUUGUCCAUUUGA